AUGGGCGCAUGCAAGCUUCCCCAGUCAUCCACAAUUGUGCCAGCACAUACCGACGCCCCUAUUCUUCCACAGUCGCCCGUGCAGCUCGAUGUUAUCGUCGUCGGGGCUGGUUUGGCUGGUCUCGCCACGGCGAUUUCCAUCAGUCUGUCUGGCCAUAAGGUCACAGUUUUCGAGUCUACCCAGGAGCUUCUCGAGAUGCCCGACAAACUAUGGGAAUCUGCAGCCGAGCCCACGUCCCUGUUCGUCCACAGGUAUUCCGGCAAGGUUCUCGCCAUGGAGUCUGAUUUUGACAAGAACAUACGCCGCAAAUACGACGCUCCGUUCCUCGACAUGCACCGCGUCGACCUCCAGCUAGCGCUAUUCGAGCGCGCCAAGGCCCUCGGUGUCCGGUUCGAGAUGGGUCAGAAGGUGGACGAUAUUGACUUCAACCUUGCUCAAGUCACUAGCAAGUCGGGCCUGGAAGCCAAAGCGGAUCUUAUCGUUGCCGCUGACGGCCUCUGGUCUCGCAGCCGCACCCUCUUUACAAAAAAGGGCGACCUGCCGAGGCCAACGGGUGACUUGGCGUACCGCGUUGUCCUCGAUCUUGAGCAGGUUACCGAUCCCGAGCUCCGUCUAUGGAUCUCAAAUCCGGCCGUGCACUUCUGGAUCGGCCCCGGAGCCCAUGCCGUAGGCUAUUCGGUGCGCGCCGGCCGCAUGUACAACAUUGUGCUGCUGGUCCCGGACGAUCUGCCCCUCGGCGUCAGCCGUCAAGCGGGAUCCGUAGAAGAGAUGCGGGCUCUUUUCGGCGACUGGGACCCCGUGCUGGGACGAUUCCUGGGAAUGGUCGACACUGUUGAAAAGUGGAAGCUCAUACACAUCGAGGAGCUGCCCGAAUGGGUCAACGAGAAGUCCAACAUGGUUUUCGUCGGCGAUGCGUGCCACCCCAUGCUUCCAUAUCUUGCUCAGGGCGCCAACUCUGCCAUCGAGGACGCGGCCGUCCUUGGAUUACUUCUCGGACACAUUGAAUCGAAAGACCAAGUAGCCCAGGCACUGCAAUUGUACCAAAAGCUCCGGAAAUCAAGAGGUGACGCCAUCGUCAGAGAGACCUUCAAACAACGAGAAUCCUUCCACAUGCCAGACGGUCCCGCACAGGAAGCGCGAGACGAGCUGUUCCUGUCGCAGCUCGGCAAGCCUCUGCAGGGGCCUUUUCCCAGCCGGUGGACCUGUCCGCAGGUGCAGCCAUGGCUGUACGGCUACGACGCGUUUGCCGAGGUGCGGAAAGCGGUGAAAGAGAAGCCAUUUGCGAAGGAGGCGCAGACUCCGCUGCCCGUUCCGGGCCCGAAGCUCUCUCGUCCUGUGGGAGUGAAGCGCAGCGGGUUUUGGUCUACCCUGAGGCGAUGGAUAGCAGCGUAA